CGUGAUAUGCCGUAGCAAUCGUUUGCUCGCCUUUCGCGCGACUUUGCCUAUGCCGAGCCUAUAAAGUAUAUGUGUGCAUUUUAUAUAGAAUAAUAUAUAGAGUAGCAGUGCAGAGCUACAAGAGGAGCGGAGGCAUGGCGGCUUCGCUGAUCGUCGAGACGCCAAGCGGCAAAUUGCGCGGCGAGCUGCUGCGAUCGCCCGAGGCAGGACGAUUUUUCUCCUUCAAGGGCAUACCCUACGCUCGGCCGCCCAUAGCUCGGCUCAGAUUUCGCGAUCCGCAACCGGUGGAGCCAUGGCAAGACAUCAGGGACGCGACGACCCACGGCCCGAUGUGCGCCCAAGUCGAUUCGCAAACCCAAAGGCUCAAGGGCUCGGAGGACUGCCUCUACCUUAACGUGUAUACGCGCGACCUCGACGGCCGAGCCCCGGUGCUCUUUUGGAUUCACGGGGGUGCCUUCAUGUACGGUAACGGCAACGACGAGUCCUUCGGGCCGGACUUUUUUCUUCAGAAGGACGUCGUCCUUGUCACCAUCAAUUAUCGACUCGGCGUCUUGGGUUUUUUAAAUCUUCAAACCGAAGAAAUUUCGGGCAAUCAAGGAUUGAAGGAUCAAGUGAUGGCCUUGAAAUGGGUGCAAUCGCACGUGAGAUGCUUCGGCGGCGACCCGGAGAACGUGACGAUUUUCGGAGCCAGCGCUGGCGCCGCGAGCGUGCACUACCUCACCCUGUCACCCAUGGCCAAAGAUUUGUUUCACAAAGCCAUCUGUCAAAGUGGCUCUGCUCUGAAUCCCUGGGCUUUGCCGAAAACCCCGGAGGACAACUUAAAGGAGUUCUCGCGCGCCGUCAACUACCGGGGCAAAGCCGACGGCCCCUUGACGGAGUACCUGAAAAACCUCGAGGGUCACGCGCUCGUCAAGGGCCAGGAAAAAUUGAUCAGCCCCAAGAGAUUGAUGCAGUGCAGAUUCCCGUUCGGCCCGACUCUGGAUUACGCGAGCAGCGAGCCUUUCAUGCCGGCAAAUCUGCGCGACGCCAUCCUCGAAGGGGUUCAAGUUCCGCUCAUGAUCGGCUGGAACAGCUUCGAGGCUUUGUUCAAGCUCGAUGUUUUACGUCUGAUCGGCAUGAAAGAGAUCGAGGAAAAUUUUGCCGAGUACCUGCCAUCGACGGUCGCCGACGACUUCAAAUACAAAUACGGCCUCGGUGCGAAAGACUUGCAAAGAUUGUAUUUCAAACGCGAGGCGCCGGACGAAAAAAAAGUCCUCGAGUUCUGGAGCGAUUUGGCCUUUGUCGAGGGCAUUCACAGUCUGGAGAACAUUCAGUAUCACCAAGGCGCAGCCCCGACGUACUUGUACAGAUUUUCUUACGACGAGAACGUUACGCUAGUCAAGAAGUUGCAAAAAAUUCCCUACAAAGGUGCGAGUCACGGAGACGAGCUGACGUACCUCUUCAAAAGCAGACUACCCGAGAUCAAUAAUCUGCAGCAGUUUCAAGAGGGCACCGGGGCUGAUCGAACGGCCAAGCAAAUGAUCGAGCUCUGGGUCAACUUCGCCAAAACUGGGCGACCCACCCCGUUCACCUCGGAGCUACUGCCGAUUUAUUGGCAGCCGCUGAUCAGCGACGUGGUACUGCGCUUCCUCGACAUCGGCGACGAGCUGCGCAUGGAGAAGGCCCUGAACAUCGAGCAGCGCUACUAUGGCGGCAACAAACGCCGCGUCUCGUUGGGCUACUUGUUGGCCCUGGCCAGUGCCGACCAAUCGUCCAAUCGCAUCGAGUCUAAUUGAUGCAUCGCCGUGUAUUUUUUACACUCGAUUCGACGCGUGUGUUGACGGGCUGUAAUCCGACGCUUUCACGACGAUUUUUCUUUAACUUAUCAAUGUAUUAUUUUAUCAAACAUGUGCAAUAAUCGCUGGUGACUUUACUUAAAAAGAACUAAUUUCUCGAUAGGUGGUGAAAGUUCGAAUUCAAUGAAACUCGAGAAUAAUUACAUUUUGUGGUGAAGGGGGUACAAAAUAGGUGAAAAUAUUUCGGUAAAAUAUUUUUGAAGGUAUUAUAGUGUAUUUUUAUAUGUACGUUGAAGCUGCAACAAAAAUAAAUAA